GGAAGAAAAAAAAAACCAGACAAUCGCUUUUAGUAUAGCCUCACUCUCACACACUUACACUCUCACAAACACGCACACACACGCACACACACCCACACACACACGUAUUAGAUAACGACUGGAGCGAGAGCUGAAGACGUUUUAAAGGACCAAGAUAAGGCGCGCUGCGUGGAGCACCUCUGUACCUCGCGGGGGGCUCGCGGGGGCCAUGGAUCAUAUUGGAGCGCAUCUCCAGCACAUUCACGGGGAGCCCAUCAGCUUCGGGAUCGACCAAAUCCUUAACAAUGUGGACCAAAGCUGCAUGCUCGGCGAUCGGAUGCCCGAGCCGGACUAUGGCCUCGGCUGCGUCGUCAGCACUGCCUACAACACCAUGACUAGUAACUUCACCGGCGACAACUCUGGAUAUAACAGCAACGCAUGUGGGGUCGCCAAUCUGAGCGGCACCUAUAACAUGAACAUGGGGAUGAACGUCAGUGGGAAUAACGUUAACGCAGCUGGAGUCAUCCGUGUGCCCGCGCACCGGCCUCUGAACAGUGGACACUCGUCCAUCCCCUACGGCAUGUCCACGAUGCCAGGCUCGAUUAACAACCUGACGGGAUUUACAUUCCCCUGGAUGGAGAGUAACAGAAGAUACACCAAAGACAGGUUCACCGUGGCGCUCUCACCCCUCACUGUAACACGUCGUGUAGGUCACCCGUACCAGAACCGGACGCCCCCCAAGAAGAAAAAGCCCCGGACGUCUUUUACUCGCCUGCAGAUCUGCGAGCUGGAGAAACGCUUUCACCGACAGAAGUACUUGGCUUCCGCAGAGCGAGCGGCUUUGGCCAAGGCCCUCAAGAUGACUGACGCACAAGUCAAAACAUGGUUCCAGAACAGAAGAACAAAAUGGAGGCGGCAGACAGCUGAGGAGAGAGAAGCAGAGCGACAGCAGGCCAACCGGAUCCUCAUGCAACUCCAACAGGAGGCUUUUCAGAAAACGAUAAACCAACCGGCAAACCCGGACCCGCUGUGCCUGCAUAACAGCUCCCUGUUCGCGCUUCAGAACCUCCAGCCAUGGACUGAGAACACCGCCAAAAUCAGCAGCGUGUCCGCCUGCGAAUAACAAACUCUGACCCGCAUUUCUUUUCUCUUCUUUUUGAAAGUGAGUGGAGUCAUAGCGAACAACUUUUUAAGAUCAUCAACUUGAAAAAUAUGACUCAAGAGGACCUGGAUUUAUCUGACUGCCUCAAAAAAGGUUUAGGUUGAAAGCAUGGAGUGAACAAGGAGCUCAUAGCCACCGGAAGUAGGGGUGUUGAGGGUGCUGCAGCACCCCCUGAUAAAUCAUAAUUAAAUACACAUAUACAUACAUACACAUACAUACAUAUUUAUAUAUAUAUAUAUAUAUAUAUAAAAUCAACAAUAUAUAUAAAAUCACCAAAUUAGUGCACUGGACCUUAAUGACUCCUGUAUGAGUGGAGAAAAAUAGUCGUUAAUGCGGGGAUAUGUUUUCUUUCUCAGCACCCCCACCCGGAAAAAUCUUCCUGCAGCCAUGCACGAGUCCAUUAGCAACAUGCUUUUAGAGGACUGUGCAAUAGUUCACCUUAUCGUCCUGCUUUUAGGUGAUAACAUUUUUAGCAGUUGUAUUAAUUGUCAUUUUUCAAUCAAAUAUAGUCCAGUUCUAACUAUGAACUAAGACUAUAGCUAGAUUCAAACAAGUGAGCACUUCUUUUAGCACUUUUCUCCUAGAGGAAAACUUUGACAUAUUCAUUCAUACCUGAUCAUUUGAGGAAUAGGCCUAAUUCAAGAAAAAUGUAUUGGUUUCAAAAAUAUGAAUUUGCUGGUAUAGAUUCACUAGCCUGCCUGUGUCUCAUAACAGUGAUGUUUAUAUCAACCGUUUAUAUUGAUAGCAAUGGUUAUGAAUCGCUUUUAGCAGUUAUGCAACCCCUUUAUCUCUUUGCAAGGGAAGAAUCAGUGGCAAAAGGUUCAAAUGUACCACCUCAUCAAGUUUCUGUUGUAAAUUAUUCAUUAUCUUUUACCUCUUACCACAUUACACAAGCACUUACUAAUUUGGAUUAUACUUUAUUGCACUCUACUAUUUACCUGGUAUUUGCAGAAAUUGGAUUAUACAGUUGCCUGAUCAUUGUACAAUAUUAUUUGUUGUCUUUGUCUUUCAAACAAGCACAAUGUUAGCAAUAUGAACAUGGCUUUGAAUUUGUUGAAGUGUAAAUGUAUUGUUUUUUCGUUAAGUAGCCUAUCCAUUGUUACUGCAUAAUGUAAUUUCUUAAUCAAUACCAGGUAAACAGCUGAAUUAUGACUGUAAAAUAAGGUGUUAUUUGUUCAACUUUCUUGUACUCU